UGUUCAGUUGGGCUGUGUUCGCCUUGACUGCCGAGCGCAAUACACGCGAGCUAGCUGCUUCCGUUAGCAUCGGGUAGCUGCGUGCUGUGUUUGUUUGUCUGUCGACUAAGGUGUCAACAACAGCGACUGAAGUGUCACGAUAAGACGGCCGAAUACAGCGUUUGAGUGCGAAUAUCCGUUAUUUGAAGGAAAAGUGCCGGAGCCCUCAUCUUGUCGGCCGAUCUUCUGACACGCUCAGUCGAGCGUCCGCCGCCACCCACACGUGACCGGCGGAAGCGUGUAAAGUGCAGCAUCAAACGUCGCCAUGGUGCUCGCCGAUUUGGGCCGCAAAAUCACGUCGGCGCUGAGGUCGCUCAGCAACGCCACCAUCAUCAAUGAAGAGGUCCUCAACUCCAUGUUGAAGGAGGUGUGCGCCGCCCUCCUGGAGGCCGACGUCAACAUCAAGCUGGUCAAGCAGCUGCGAGAGAAUGUCAAGGCUGCCAUCGACCUGGAGGAGAUGGCGUCGGGUCUGAACAAGAGGAGGAUGAUACAGCACGCCGUCUUCAAGGAGCUGGUCAAGCUGGUUGACCCCGGCGUGAAGGCGUGGACGCCUGUCAAAGGGAAGAACAACGUCAUCAUGUUUGUCGGCCUGCAGGGCAGCGGCAAAACCACAACCUGCUCAAAGCUGGCGUAUUACUACCAAAGAAAAGGCUGGAAGACGUGCCUCAUCUGUGCCGACACAUUCCGCGCCGGCGCCUUCGAUCAGCUCAAACAAAACGCCACCAAGGCCAGAAUACCCUUCUACGGCAGUUACACAGAGAUGGAUCCCGUGGUGAUCGCAGCGGAAGGCGUGGAGAAGUUCAAAGGCGAGAACUUUGAGAUCAUCAUCGUGGACACCAGCGGACGCCACAAACAGGAGGACUCGCUGUUUGAGGAGAUGCUGCAGGUCUCCAACGCCGUGCAACCCGACAACGUCGUCUACGUGAUGGACGCCUCCGUCGGUCAGGCCUGCGAGUCUCAGGCCAAAGCCUUCAAGGACAAAGUGGACGUGGCGUCGGUCAUCGUCACCAAGCUGGACGGACACGCCAAAGGGGGAGGAGCUCUGAGCGCAGUGGCGGCCACCCGGAGUCCUAUCGUCUUCAUCGGAACUGGCGAGCACAUCGACGACUUGGAACCCUUCAAGACGCAGCCGUUCGUCAGCAAACUGCUCGGCAUGGGCGACAUCGAGGGCCUGAUCGACCGAGUCAACGAGCUGAAGCUGGACGACAACGAGGAGCUGAUUGACAAGCUCAAACACGGCCAGUUCACGCUCAGAGACAUGUACGAGCAGUUCCAGAACAUCAUGAAGAUGGGACCCUUCGGACAGAUCAUGGGUAUGAUUCCAGGCUUCGGAACGGACUUCAUGAGUAAAGGAAACGAGCAGGAAUCCAUGGCCAGACUGAAGAAGCUCAUGACCAUCAUGGACAGCAUGAACGACCAAGAGUUGGACAGCAAAGACGGCGCCAAGCUGUUCAGCAAGCAGACCAACCGCAUCCAGCGCGUCGCUCGCGGAGCGGGCGUGGCCACCCGGGACGUCCAAGAACUUCUGACCCAGUACACCAAGUUUGCCCAGAUGGUCAAGAAGAUGGGCGGCAUCAAAGGCCUGUUCAAAGGAGGAGACAUGUCCAAGAAUGUCAACCCUUCUCAGAUGGCCAAACUCAACCAGCAGAUGGCCAAGAUGAUGGACCCCCGUGUGCUCCACCACAUGGGCGGCAUGCAAGGCCUGCAGUCGAUGAUGCGCCAGUUCCAGCAGGGCGCGGCGGGAAACAUGAAAGGCAUGAUGGGAUUCAACAACAUGUGAGCGACACGGAGCCGCAGGAAAACCCCCGCAUGAGCUUCCUCUGGAGGGAGGAGCUCGCUUUUUUCCUUCUUUUUUUCCCCUGGAUGAAGACGCUGCGUCCUGAUUGGACGAGGCGGGACGAUCGGCGCCCCAAACGAGCAAAAGUUUCUAUUUGUCCAUUUUUAAUCAGAAUCGCAGGUGAUAUGUGCUGAGUGAUGUUAUCACUCGUGAAACUUUUCAGAAUUAAAUAUAUACAGUUCACGUUC